GUGAAAUGAUACUUUUCAGUAAAGCACUGUGGUCAGUAAUGGUGAUUUCUCGGGUUAGUAGUGAAAAAAAAUAUUUAUCAAAUAGCAUUGUGAUCACAUUGCCAAGUGAAAUUUUCGAGUCGAUAACUUCGAAUAGACAUCAAAAAUUGAAUGAUAUCAGUGUCGGGUGUACUAUCAUGUGAUGAAAUGUACAGCACUACAUACCUUCCUAUUGUGCUGCAGAAGACCAGAAAUGAAAAUAUUUGGACCAUAAAUAUUA